AGUUGCUGUUGGCAUGAUAUUCUGCAAUUGCGUUAAUUUUCGUAUGUCGUAUUGUCAGGACGUUUAUAGAUUUAAAGUGGAAGAUUUAAAAAAAUCUAUCAGUGUAGUGGAGCAACGUAUAUCUUUAAAGUUUUGUGCCAUAUUAAAUUACUCUGGAGGAGUUGCGCAUGACAUGUUGGUGAAAUCUGUUAGCCGUAAUGCAUUAAAUAAAAGAACUGUACAACGAUGGCUCGAAAUGUACAAACAGGGUAGAAUCACAGCUCAAGAUGAGCCACGAGCACCUCGACCAAUAUCAUCAACUAGAGUACUGACCGAGGAUUUAGGUCUGGUCAAUAAACUAGCAGUAUGGGUACCACAUAGUUUGAACACAGAUCAGAAGGGAUUUCGAUAUAAAACUGCACGUAGUCACUUGACGUGGUACCACCGUAAGGAAAAUAUACUUUAUAGGUUCAUAUGCAUAGAAGAAUCUUGGGUCGAGUUUUAUACUCCUCACCAACCACAUCAGUCACGAUCUUGGGUAGAAUCAAACACUUCAGCUGAACCUUUACCACGCGCAGAGCUACAUGAUCGAAAGAUACGACUGAUAGUGGCUAUGGAUAUAAGAGGGAUUGCUUUUUGGAGAACUUAUGAUGAAAAUAUAACUAUGACUGGAGAGCGUUAUAAGUCAUUUUUGGAAGAGAACAUCGCUAUCUGGGCACUGCAGCAUGAUGUAUCGAAUCCUAUAAUUUUACAUGAUAAUACCAGACCAUAUAAAUCAAAAAUAGUUCAGCAGCUAAUUGAAGAUAAAGCAUGGAUAGAGAUCAUUCAGCCGCCAUAUUCCCCGGAUAUGAAUCCAUGCGAUUUCAAUUGUUUCGGCCACGUGAAGAGGAAAUUGUCAGGUACUCGAUGCAGCAGCUUAAAGGAGUUAGAUAUUAAACUGAACAACAUUAUUUGUGAAUUAAAUGGAAGUGGUACUUUGAAUGGUGUUCAAGAUUGCCAGCAGUCUGGGAGCGCAUAAUCAAUAAUGAGGGAGAC